AUGCGUGCAAAUUCCAUUGAUAUUCAUCCCAAUGCAACAUGGUCAACAAAUGGUAUCACUGUUGCUGGAGGAAAUGCAAAUGGCAGUAAAACCAAUCAACUCUGGUUCCCAUGGGGCUUAUACGUCGAUGACGAUCUAACGAUUUAUGUCGCUAAUUGUGUAAAUCACCGUAUUGUGGAAUGGAAAUCUGGCGCAACGAAUGGCACAGUAGUUGCUGGUGGAAAUGGAUCAGGUAAUGGGACUAAUCAAUUAAACUGCCCAGAAGAUGUGAUUAUCGACAAAGAGAGCGAUAGCCUCAUCAUUAGCGAUUCUGGGAAUCACAGAGUAGUUCGAUGGCCUCGUCGAAAUGGUACUAGUGGAGAAACAAUUAUUUCGAAUAUCUCUUGCAUCGGUUUGACAAUGGACGACAAUGGUUAUCUCUAUGUCGUUGACUGGAAACAACAUGAAGUAAGACGAUAUAAAAUUGGUGACACUCAAGGAACAGUAGUUGCAGGUGGCAAUGGACAAGGAAAUCAUCUCGAUCAACUCUCUGGUCCCCAAUACGUAUUUGUCGAUCGAGAUCAUUCAGUAUACGUGUCUGAUCGUGACAAUCAUCGUGUGAUGAAAUGGGAAGAAGGUGCAAAACAAGGCAUUGUUGUAGCCGGUGGUCAAGGAGAAGGAAAUAGUCUUACACAAUUGAAUCAUCCUGAAGGAGUCAUUGUCGAUCAAUUGGGUACUGUCUAUGUGGCUGAUUCUUUGAAUCAUCGAAUCAUGUGUUGGCCAAAAGGUGCCACACAAGGAAGUGUCAUUAUUGGUGGAAACGGUAAAGGAGCACAGUCGAAUCAACUCGCUUAUCCCUUAGGUAUAUCAUUCGAUCGACAUGGUAAUCUCUAUGUCAUCGAUUUCGGAAAUGCUCGAGUACAAAAAUUUAAUAUUGAAUAA